AUGGCUAACGUGACUGCCGCCGGGUUCCUCGACUCGCCGGCUCUUACGCCUCCAGAUGGAGUUAUACCCAACUUUUCAAAUCCACCAAACAUGAAUGAUUAUGCAUUUGCGACCCUUUGGAUAUGUGCGUCUCUUUCCAGCAUCGUGGUUGCUCUUCGCAUUUACACACGAUUCUUCCUCCUCAAGAGUCCACAUCUUGGAGACUAUGUCCUCGUUAUAGCUUGGGCGUUAUAUCUAACAGAAAUCGGCUUUAUCUACAAAGUAGGUGAGAAACCUGGCCUUUUUGUUCACCAGUGGGAUAUACGAGUCCGCGAUCUCCCGGAUUUCUUGCAUUUAUCCUUCCUGGCCACCGAGCUAUUCAUUGCAUUUUCUUCAAUGAUUAAAACGGCAAUCUGCUUGGAAUGGCUUCAUCUAUUCUGCCCUACAGGGCAUCACAACUUUGUGUUCUGGGCCAGCUGGCUCGUAUUAUGGGUUAAUGCGAUCCUUUGUGUCAUCACCACGAUUUUGGAUAACAUUGCCUGCACCCCGUAUGAGCGGAAGUGGAACAUACUCUUGCCUGGCUCAUGCAACCGUAUUGACACCCCAACACUCUUCAUGAUUAACGGCACUUUCAACCUAGUUAUCGAUGUCGCCAUCUUUAUUAUACCGCAGAAGACCAUUUGGUCGCUGAAUCUGCCCGCCAGAAUGAAGUUGGGCACCUCCACUGUGUUUGCUAUCGGUUUGUUCGCAUGCGGCGCCGCAGCCGGCCGCCUAAUCAUGACUAUCAAGACCGCCACUUCCAAGCCUGUGGGCGACAUUACGUAUAGCUUUUCUCCAGUUGUUGUCUGUGGUCUCGUCGAAGGCCUCUGCGGAAUCCUGGUAUUAUGCUUGCCAGCGCUUCCCAAGCUCUUUGGUGCCAUGAACGCUGCCCAGAUAAUCGUCUCAAUCAGGUCGUGGUCACCCAUCACGCGCCUGCAACGCAGCAAGGAGGACCCGCAGACAUUGUGGCCCAGCUCCCAUGAGUUCCAGCACAUAAACAGACCUGGCUCGCAAUCGCCCUCCAAGGAAUCAGGCGACCCGAAGCAUAUCACGUACGAUAGCUAUCCACGGCUUGAGACGGCAAUUCUACGGACAACAAGUUUCGGCGCCGAGGAGUCUUAUGAUGUUGACGUUGCUAAAAGAAUUCACCAGACCCGGCACCCCUGGUUUUGA